CUAGAUUAUCUUUCUCUCUCUCUCUCUCUCUCUCUCUCUCUCUCCGUAUUCCCCCCCUCCUGGAAAACCCCUCCCGCUCUCUCUCUAAAUCAACUCAUCACAGUUGAUAUAUACAUAUAUACGUAUAUAUUUACGAAUGCCCACGCUCUUCUCUCUUCGUAAUCGAGGCCUUAGGAAUUUUGAGAACUGAUUUCUCUUCAAUUUCAGAUUCGAAUGUGAAGAUUGCACUGUUGAAGUUAGGCUUUUUAUUAUUCAGCUAGGGUUUCUGGAUUUGUAUAGUGCAUUUCGAUUGUGUAGUGCUCUCUUAUUGGUCGAUCUGUGAAUGGAUUCAACGACGUCGUCGAACUCAAUGGCGGUUGUAAACAAAGAAGCGUCGUCGGGGGAAGACGACGGUGCUCUCUCCGUCACCGCCGGGCUCGCCAAAGAAGCUGUGUUGUUAUUCCAGUCGGGGAAGUUUGCUGACUGUAUCAAAGUUUUGAAUCAGUUGUUAGAAAAGAAGAAGAACGAUCCAAAGAUUCUUCAUAACAUUGCAACUGUGGAAUGUUUUCAAAAUGGUUGUUCAGACCCAAAGAGGUUACUUGAAGUUCUAAAUAAUGUUAAGAAACGUAGUGAAGAGCUUUCCCGUGCAUUUGUUGAACAUGUGGAGGCUCUUAGCAACCAUGGAAGCAAAGCUCUAACAGGGGCUAAGGGAACUAAUAGUAUGGCACAUCAUAUUUCUGCAGAAAAUGGUUCACGUGUUGUGUACACUGACGAGUUUGGCACAUCUGUGACAAUGUUCAACAUAGCAGUUAUCUGGUUUCAUCUCCAUGACUAUGAAAAGUCAUUCUCAAUAUUGGAACCGUUGUAUCAGAAUAUUGAACCAAUAGACGAGGCAACAGCUUUUCGGAUUUGCCUUUUGAUGCUGGAUGUUGCGUUACUUUCCGGCCAUGUAUCAAGAUCUGCAGAUGUAGUCAACUACGUGGAAAAAGUUUUUUGUAUCAAUAACUUGAUCAAUCAAGGUGACAACGGAAGUUCCGCACUGCAACAGUCUUCAACUGUUGUGUCAAAACCUCCAUCAGUUCCAAGCAAUAUAACAGUUCCAGAUGCUUCCGGUUCUGAUUUAGCGGCAAAUGUCUUGGAAAGUCCUUUAUCUAGAACUUUAUCAGAGGAGAGUAUUGAAACCUUUUUAUCAACCCUUGACAUUAGUGGAAAGAAUCCACCCAGACCAUCUGGCCUUCAAGCAUCAAAUGAUCUUCCAAGAACCCAAGUUGAUGAGUCCAUCUCAACCAUAGAUCUAAAGCUCAAGUUGCAUCUUUACAAGGUUCAGUUUCUGCUUUUUAGUAGGAACCUCAAGGCAGCAAAGCGCGAAGUUAAGAUGGCUAUUAACAUGGCACGGGGAAAAGAUUAUACAUUGGCCCUUUUUUUGAAGUCCCAACUUGAAUAUGCUCGUGGGAACCACCGUAAAGCAAUCAAGCUCUUGAUGGCAUCAAAUAAUCAAACAGAAAUAGGGAUUUCCAGCAUAUACCACAACAAUCUUGGGUGUAUCUAUUAUCAAAUUGGGAAAUACCACACAUCAUCUAUAUUUUUUUCCAAGGCAGUGUGUAAUAGUUCAUCUCUACGGAAGGAAAAGCCUGUAAAGCUCUCAGCUUUCUCACAAGAUAAAUCUCUUCUUAUUAUGUAUAACUGUGGUGUGCAGUACCUGGCUUGUGAGAAACCAGUACUUGCGGCUCGUUGUUUCCACAAGGCCAGUUUAAUUUUCUACAAUCGACCUCUGUUCUGGCUUCGAGUUGCUGAAUGUUGUCUAGUGGCGCUGGAGAAGGGACUUCUAAAGUCCAGUGCGGCUCCAUCUGACAGAUCAGAAGUUAAAGUUCAUGUUAUUGGGAAGGGAAAAUGGAGGCAACUUGCUAUGGAAGAUGGGAUUUCAAGAAAUGGGCAUGUGAAUUUUGUUGGAAGGGAAGACUCAUUUCUGGGUGAUGAUAGACAGCCUGCUCUCUCGAUGUGCCUUGCCAGGCAGUGUCUUCACAAUGCAUUGCAUUUACUGAACUGUUCAGAGGCUGGUUUGCCUUCUAAUUCAGCAGCAGAAACAAUGGAAGGAGAUGACCCAAUAGAAACAGAUUCAUCUGAAAAUACCAACUACAAGAGCGUAUCUGGUACUGAUUCCAAGGCAUCUAAUCCAACAGUGGGCUCUGGUCAGGUCAAUGCAAAUGGAGAAGUGAAAGACCAAAAGGGUGGAAAUAGCCAGAAUUCCGCCUUACAUAGCUCCAUCUCUGAUUUUGAAGAUAUAUGUAGUAAGGAAAACCAUAUGAUCAAGCAAGCUCUUCUUGCUGAUUUGGCCUAUGUUGAGUUGGAAUUGGGAAAUCCGUUGAAGGCCCUGUCUGCAGCAAGGUCUCUCUUAAGACUAUCCGAAUGCUCCAGAAUAUACAUAUUUUUGGGCAAUGUGUACGCUGCUGAGGCUCUGUGCCUGUUAAACAGGCCAAAGGAAGCUGCUGAGCAUUUAGUGAGGUAUAUGUCUGGUGGAAACGGUGUUGACCUGCCGUAUAGCCAAGAGGACUCUGAACAGUGGCGCAUAGAAAACACUCUGGAUUGUGAGGAAUGGAAUGGUGGUUCAGCGCCUGUUAAUACUUUGUCACCUGAUGAAUCACAAGGUUUUGAAUUCCUCAAGCCUGAAGAGGCUCGUGGAACCCUUUAUGCAAACCUAGCAGCCAUGUUUGCAAUGCAGGGAGAUCUUGAGCAAGCCCACCAAUUUGUGAUGCAAGCAUUGUCUGCCAUACCGGACAGUCCACAAGCCAUUCUUACUGCAAUUUAUGUGGACCUCAUGCACGGAAAGACGCAAGAAGCUGUUGCCAAGUUGAAACAGUGUAGUCAUAUUAGGUUCCUCCCUGGAAAUUUAACACCAAAUAGCUCUAGUUGAUGGUUGUAUUGGUGGCUUUUCAUUGGUCGUGUCCCACCCACCCUUCACUCCGAGUUAGCAGGUAGGUAAACGAUCCUUUUAAAGAGGAUUUGUAACAUAUAUAUAGUUCGGUCCAGGGAAUAAGUUUUUUAUUUUUCUAUUUUUUUCAUUUCAUAAAUAUUCCCAUUUCUAGGGUUCGGUGAUUGGUGGUGUGGCUGAGAUCAUUUUGGUCGCCGCAGAUGCCCACCUACAAAAUUUGAGAUGUAGUUUUUGAUUUAGAUGCUUGUGUUCUAGUGGCUAAUCCAGUUCCAAUUCAGGAAUAUAGAAAUCAUGUGCUCCUCAGAAGUCAAUUUUUUAAAAAUUUCCUUUCAUUCCAGAUGUUUAACAGUG